AUGCGUUACACCCUCCUCGCCAUGGCCGCGGCCAUCACCGCCGUCGUCGCCGACUCAGACGACUGCCAAGCCACCUACAAACAAUGCAUCGCCGACGGCUACGCAGAAGUGAAAUGCUCCUGCGACCUCACCACCUGCUCCGGCGAAGACGCAGCCCGCAUCCGCGACUACUGCGCAACCGCCACCGCCAACCUACCCGCACCCACCAAAACCUCCUCCGCCACCAUCAUCACUGGAACCCCCGGCUCGCAACCUUCCGGCCAACCCCCAAUCACCGCUGCAGAGGGUUCCCUCCCGCUCGGAGCUACGUGCUCUGACAAGAAGCAGUGCGCGAACGGUGCGGAUUGCUGGGGUAGUAAUGCGGGGAUUAUCCGGAGGUGUGGGAAUUUUAAUGGGAGCUGUAAGGAGGAUUCGCAGUGUGCUUACAACACCUGUAACACCGAUACGGGGCUUUGCUCUGGCUUCCUUCCAACGGAGUCUUACCGCGCGAAUACCGUUUCGUCGACUGGCUCUGCUGCUUCUUCAUCGGCGACGACCUACGCCUGCAACCCAGCACACCAAUACCCAGAAGGCCGCCAAUGCGUCUCGACCAACGGAGGCCUCACGCUCCUUCCCCCAACCACUACCAGUGCCUCGACUGCUACCGGUACUGGAUACGCCUGCAACCCAGCGCAUCAGUACCCAGCGGGCCAAGUCUGCACUGAGAUCGGCGGCCAACUUACACUCGUCACUGGUGGCUCGCCUGCUGCUACUGCUACUGCUACCGGCGUGUCUCCUCCGGUCUACGGCGGCAGUAACAGCACGACCGUGCGUCCAACGGGUACUGGUGCUGUCAACCCAUCGGGAUCGAUUACGCCGUACCAGGGCUCUGCAAGUGUCGUUGAGACGCUUAGCGGUCUUGCCGCGCUUGUUGCUGGUGUUGUUGCGUAUGUGCUUUAA